AUGGCCAGUCCUCCCGUACUUGCUUUCGAUGCUGAGGGCCGCCCAGUGAAGUUUGACACCUGGCUCGAUGACCUGCACCUUUUCCUACAGCUCACUGCCAAGGAGGACAUCUCACUGUAUGACCACGCCCUCGGCCAUGCUCCUGCCCCUGCUACUGAUGCUGACAGCACUACCCGCUCCCAGUGGCAGACUCGUGACGCCCACGCUCGCUUUGCCAUCCGCAACUCCCUGCCGUUAGAUGAGCGCGAGCACUUUGGCCAGUGCAAGACUGCUAGGGACCUCUACACCGCUGUAGUUGCCCGUUACUCCUCACCCGCUUCUGCUACGCUAGGCCGCCUCACUCUUCCCUACCUGUUCCCCGACCUAGCCUCCUUUCACACUGUCGCAGACCUCAUCACCCACCUUAAGACUAGUGAGGCCCGCUUUCGCGCUGCUAUGCCUGCCGAGUUUCUCACUAGCAACCCCCCCCCGCUCUGGAUCACUCUCUACCACAUCGUCACCCGCCUCCCUGACUCUCUGCGCGCAGUCAGGGACCACUUCCUCUCUCGCUCCCCCACUGAGCUCACUGUUGCCCUCCUCGAGAAGGAACUGCUUGCAGCUGAGGCGAGCAUCGUCGCUGUAGGCACCUCUCGUGGCGACCCCCGCACCCCGUUCUUCGAGGGGUGUUCCCCUUCCCCCCUCCUCCCCUCUGUCGCCUCUGCUGCUGCUGUCGACCUCCUUGGUGCUGAGAAGGUCGGGACCGCGUCUGCUUCGAGCGGGCGCCGCAGGGGCAAAGGGAACAGGGGUGGGGGUGGUGGCGGAGGAGGUGGGGGUGGAGGCGGUGGGAGUGGAGGCGCGGCUGAGGAGGCUAGUGGCGGUAGUGGGGGAGGCGACAGCAGCGGCGGGAGUGGUGGCAGGGGCGGAGGCGGCAGCGGAGGCGGAGGUGGUCGUGGUGGCGGCAGGGGUGGAGGUGGCCGGGGCGGAGGCGGAGGGGGUGGUGGUCGUGGGGGCACUGGCGGAGGGCAGAGUCAGCAGCCCGCCCCGACGCUUCAGGCCGCCCGUGAGUGGUAUGCGCAGCGUGGCUUUACCUGCACGUACGUCAUUCGCACAGGUGACCGCACCGGCCAGCAGUGUGGGAGGCUGCACCCCACGCAGCGCUGCUUCGCCCGCCUUACCGACGCGUGGCGCACCCAGUUUCCUACUGCCACUGAGCUGCCGCGCUGGGCUGAGCUGGAAAAGAGGGGUGUUGAUAUUUGGGCUUUAGACUUUGAUGCUAUUCUCACUGCCAUGUAUGCGAUGUCUAUUAGUGGAGAGGGUGCUCAGUACUUGCGUGUUCCGCCCGACCCAGGCAUUCAGGCCAGUCCGGCUGCCGCCCUAGGUGCUAGUGCGUCCGCUCCCGCAGGUCCUAGUGAGGCUGCUGCCCUAGGUGCUAGUGCGUCUGUGCCCCCUGGUACUGAGUCGACUGCAACACUGCACACCUUCACACUGGACUCAGGUGCUUCUCGCUCCUUCUUUCGUGACCGCACUGUCCUUGAGCCCCUCGCUCGGCCAGUUGCUGUCUCCCUUGCUGACCCCUCUGGGGGUCCGGUCAUUGCGACCUCCUCCACUGUCCUUCCUUGUCCGGCGGUCCCGUCCGGCACGCUGUCCGGUCUCUACCUCCCCUCGUUCUCGACGAACUUGGUGGCAGGUAGUGCGCUCCAGGACGGGGGUGUUCACCAGUUCACCCCUGCCUACGAGCGCGUGACACACUGCACGUAG